CCUUUGACCAUUUUUCAGAAACUGAAGGCGUGAACUGGAGGAGCUCAGUGGGACCGGCCCAGGACGCCGUCAUCGGGAAAACAUCGCAACUUUCUCAAGCUUUCUUAAGGAAAGGACUGAACAAGGUCAAGGUCAAACUUACCAGCAUAGAACAUGAGCAGCAGAAGACAGCUGGAACAGACUGCUGAUCCCCCAAGACUGCCCAAACAUGCUCAGAAGAAGGAGGACAAUUCUUCAAAAGUGGAAGAUAAGGACAUGGCAGCCAUCUUGGUUUCCAUGGAUACUGUAACCCUGGAGGAUGCAGAGGCGGGAUCGUUGUCAUGGCAACUGACUGAUGUAGUGAUGCAGAUGGAACAGUUCGCCUCCACUGGCGCUAAGCUAAAGGAACUUGUGAGAACGACGUAUAACAAGUCUCUGCAGGACCAGAACUUUGCCAGGGUGGGUGCACGGCUGUGUGGUGAGAUGGCCACACACGAGGUGGACGGGGUUAAACUGAGGAGCGAAGUACUGACCAGAUUACAGGAAGACUAUAAGAAGAAGGAAUCCCUCCAUACCAGUGACCAGGCAGUGUUCCUGGGGUUUGUGACACUUCUCUGUGAGCUGUUCGGUGUGUUACACAUUAAUGGGGAGCCAAUGAAAGCAUUAGUAGGGCCUGUAUACGACACACUGAUGGAGCUUCUCAGUACAAAGUGUGUAUCAGAUGAUGAGGUGUUGUGCUGUACAAUGCAGUUAGAACAUAUAGGCCAAACCCUGGAGCAGAGCGACCCCUCCCGCAUGUCUGCCCUGAUGGGGAAAGUCCGAGACUGCGCGCUGGGGAAGGAGACAAGUCCGUUUGCGCGCUGCCUCAUCAUGGAGGUCGUGGAACGACAUGCCAACAACUGGGAACCGCUUCCACAGGACGUGUCGGACUAUUACAGCAGCACGUUGGAAAAACUCUUGAGUGAAAAAUGAUUUUAAAUCUUCAUCAUUGCAUCAGCCAAUAUGCAUAGAAGCUCUCACAGAAAGGAAAAAGACUAGUAGAUAUAUCUAGAUACAUUGUAGACAUAACCCUUCUGUCAUAGGUGAUAGGGCAAUA